AUGGAAAACAGAGCCUCCUCUGAGCAGGGGCAAACUCACUGCUCAGUCAUUAACAAUAGCUUCCCAGUGACACACAGAGAUCUCCCCACUCUGACUUUGUCUGGCAAAAUCCGUGUAAUGGCUACUUUCUUCCUUUUCCUGUUCUCUACAGCUUUCAAUGCCUCUUUCCUAAUGAAGCUGCAGAGGCAGAACCAGAAGAAAGAAGUGAAGAAGCUCCCUCGGAUGAAGGUCCUCCUCAAGCAUCUGACACUAGCCAACUUGCUGGAAACUGUGAUUGUUAUGCCUUUAGAUGGCAUAUGGAAUGUGACUGUGCAGUGGUAUGCUGGGGAAUUAUUAUGCAAAGUUCUCAGCUAUCUAAAGCUUUUCUCCAUGUAUGCUCCUGCCUUCAUGAUGGUAGUGAUCAGCCUGGAUAGAUUCUUGGCUAUUACCAGACCACUGGCUGUGAAGAACAACACAAAGGUUGGACAAUCUAUGAUUGGUAUAGCUUGGUUUCUCAGUAUUGUCUUUGCUGGGCCCCAGUUAUACAUUUUCAGGAUGAUCUAUGUAGUGGAUAUCUCCGGACAGAAAGCAAUUUUUUCUCAAUGUGUGACACACUGCAGUUUUCCAGAGUGGUGGCAGGAGGCCACCUAUAAUCUCUUGACCUUCAGUUGCCUCUUCAUCUUUCCUCUUCUCAUCGUGCUGGUCUGCAAUGCUAAGAUCAUCUGCACCUUGACACAGGUCCUUCGUCAGGAUCCCCAUAAACUUCAACUGAAUCGAUCAAAGAACAAUAUCCCAAGAGCACGUUUGAGGACACUAAAGAUGACUGUAGCUUUUGCCACUUUAUUUACUGUCUGUUGGACUCCCUAUUAUGUUUUGGGAAUCUGGUAUUGGUUUGAUCCAGAAAUGCUAAACAGGGUAUCUGAUCCAGUAAGUCAUUUCUUCUUUCUUUUUGGUUUAUUAAAUCCAUGCUUUGAUCCACUUAUAUAUGGAUAUUUCACUCUAUAA